AACUCUCGAAACCGGAAACACAAACACAAACACACACACCUUAAAACCAACAAACCGAUCAAAAAACACAUCCAACAAGAAAUAUGGUCGGAGAUGAAAACCACCAUAACAUGAUGGUGCAUGUACCACCAUGGACCACCCUCAUAGACGACCCACUCACCGGAAUCUCACCCUUUUCUCCACGCAGUCCCAAUGCCACCGUCAACAGCCUCGCUUCCUUCGAAGACUACGCUUAUUUCCUCCGUAACGACGCCGCUCUCCGCCGCUACCUGGAAGACGACCUCGACGGAGAUGCAGACAACUCCGGUUGUACGGACUUUGACAUCACAUCGGAACCUUUUGCGUGUGAUAGUUUUCGUAUGUACGAUUUCAAAGUACGUAAGUGCGCACGUGCUCGGUCACAUGACUGGACGGACUGUCCGUACGCUCACCCCGGCGAAAAAGCACGCCGGCGUGAUCCCCGGAAGUACAGUUAUUCCGGUACCGCAUGCCCAGAGUUUCGUAAAGGGAGUUGUAAAAAAGGUGAUGGUUGUGAGUUUUCUCAUGGUGUUUUUGAGUGUUGGUUGCAUCCGCACCGGUACCGGACUCAGCCGUGUAAGGAUGGAAUAAACUGCCGCCGGCGUGUGUGUUUUUUCGCACACACGCCGGAGCAGCUGCGGGUGGUGAGUCCGCAUGGUGAGUCGAGUCAUGGGUUCGGAUCGUGGUUUUCUUCGCCGUCGGAGACUUCUACGCCGCCGUCGGAGUCGCCGCCGAUGUCGCCGAUGGAUGGGUCUCUUAGCCGGUCACUUGGGUCGGUGACGGUGGGUGAUAUGUUGACGUCUCUCCGGCGGUUGCAGCUUAAUAAGACGCCGUCUAUGGGUAGCCCGUGGAGCAUGCAAAUGGGUCGGGUUGUUUCUUCUCCUAGAUCCGGGUUUUAUAGCUUGCCGUCGACUCCGACCCGACCCGUGACCCGACCGAGUUUAGGGUUUUCGGAGAUUUGGGAAGAGGGGUGUGUGGAGGAAGAGCCUGUGAUGGAGAGAGUGGAAUCGGGUAGGGAUUUGAGGGUGAAGAUGUUUGAGAAGUUGAAGAAGGAGAACUCGUUAGAUCGGGUUGACCCGAAUCCGGGAGAAAGUUCAAACCCGGAUGUGGAGUGGAUCUCGGAGCUUGUGAAGUGAUCUGUGUCUAAAUGGUUGUGCUAAACGUAACUCUCUUAUGCGGUUUUUAUUGGAUGUAACAUUUUCUCUACUAAAUCAGUCAUUUCAUCAUUCUACUUUUUGCAUGGGGUAGCGUUAAGCAUAAUAGAGGGUACGUUUAGCCUCAAACCUGUCUAUGAACACCCUAAUACCUUCCAGGUGUUUGAUUUAAAUUAUGGAUUAUAUGGUUAGUUAUUGCUAUUUAGUUAGUGAUAAUAUGUUUCGGUAGAAGCCAUUUUGUGCACUCCCUUGUCAUGUAAAUAUGGGUAUGAAGGGUGAAGUGUAAGAAGUUUAUUUGUUGGGGGGUUUACUCUGAAAGAAAAGAGGGAGGAAAUGGGGUGGAAUUAUUGUUAUUGUUACUAUUUUUAUUAUUAAAAAUGAUUUUAUGUAAUGUUAUUGUGUUAUACUUAUUAAUGUCAACUUGUUAUUUUGCUCUU